ACCCAUACGCACUCGAGGUGAUGCAUGUCCUUUGCACUGACGAGAUAUGUCACCGUCGUGGGGUUUGACACCAUGGCUGACUCACUCCCCCUCAAACCAGGCAGUGGGGUUUCACACCAAGGAGACAGAAAAAGGGGGAGAAGAGAGGAGAGAGUGUCGGUAACCAGCUCUGCAGUGGUCUGUGACGUCUCUGCUCCGCCGUAUGGAAGUCCCACCGCGUUCUCCUAAAUGAAGGGUGCUCACCGAGGGAAUGUACAGAUGAAAGGGUCUCUGAUCGCUGAAGAGAGAGGAGCGAGGGGUAAUAGAGACAUCAGGAUUGCGAGGGGGUCUCUGUCUCUUUAAGCCGGCUGUUUGUUACUGCAGAGUGUGUGGGUGCUGCAGUAGAGACAGAGAGAGAGAGAGAGAGAGAGAGAGAGGGGAGAGAGGAUGAGAGAGCAUUGAUAGCAGAGAGACGUCGGAGAGGAACAAGUUGUGUGCGGCGAGAGAUUCAGGGCUCAUGUCCGCCCGCUGAGGUGUCAGGUGCAGACCAAAGGAGAAGAGUGUGAGAGCAUUAGGGAGUGUGUGAGGAGUACAGGUGGAGGGGUGGCAGAGCGAGCGGAGAGGGGGCUGUUUAUUCGGAGCGUGGCACCAGUGGCAGAGUGGCUACGCUGGGAUGGCAGAGGGGGGAACUGGGGGGGCUGGCGCUGGGGCAGUCCUCAGAGGGCUGGCCGGGGGCAGGACAGGAGGGCCAGCGAGGAUUACGCGCACAGGACGGUGCCGGCUGGAUGGUGCCACCAUGCUCCAUCUAUGGCACAGAUAGCACCUCUUGUCCCCGGGCGGGAGGAGGCAAAGGGGGAGGCGGGGGUUGGGGUCAGGUCAGGGGCAGUUGAAGGCGUCAGGGUGGGCAGGACGUUUCUGGGACAGGUGUCACUGCAUCUGGAGGAGGUCAGGGGCGAUUCGGAGGGGGAGGUCGGCAGCGCCUGCUUCGGGCAGGUGUCCCGCCGGCUGGGGAGGCUGCUGAAGAGGCUGCCCAAGUCUCGCUCCUGGAGCGACAGCCUGCGCAUCCUCCGACGAUCAUCCUCUAACGGAUCUCUGCUCAACGCCUCAGACUGUAGCUACACCUGUCACCUGGAGUGUGAGAACGAGGUCCAGCUGGACUGCAACCGGAGGGACAAAGACUCAGAAGAAACUCCAUCAUCUCGCAGAAACCACUGCCCCGCCGCCGCCGCCACAGCCUCUCAACACAAGCAAAAUGACGCUAAGGAGGACGAGGAGAGAGGAACGAAGGACCUGUCGGAGGAAGAGGUGCGGACAAGGAUAGAAGAGUACAACACUCAGGUCUCUGAGAAUGGCAUGAAGCUGGCUUCAGACGGAUCCUACACAGGCUUCAUUAAGGUCCACCUGAGGCUCAACAGACCGGUCACAGUCCCCGCUGUGGAGGCGCCGGGCUCAGAGGGAAGUCGCAGUCAAACUCCGUCAGAGUGCCAGGAUGGGACGGACUGUGGGCAGAGUGAAAAGCGAACGUCCUUCUACUUACCAUCCGACUGUGUGAAGCAGCUCCACAUCAGCUCUCUGACCACCACCAGAGAAGUCAUCCAGGGCUUGCUGAAGAAGUUCAUGGUGUUAGACAAUCCCCGCAAGUUUGCGUUGUACAGGCAGACGCACCGCGACGGACAGGAUCUGUUCCAGAAGCUUCCACUGUGUGAGCGUCCUCUUCUUCUGAGGUUAAUAGCAGGUCCUGACCCGGAGAAGCUCAGCUUUGUCCUUAAGGAAAAUGAGACUGGAGAGGUGGAGUGGCAUGCGUUCUCUGUCCCUGAGCUACAAAACUUCCUGGUCAUCCUGGGGAAAGAGGAGUCAGAGCGCGUCCGGGCCGUGGAGCAAAAAUACUCCGUGUACCGACAGAAACUACAACAAGCCCUACAACAACAUGACACCUGACCCCUCACCUGUUACCUUAUGACUUCAACCCAGGGAGAGACUGACCCUUUGACCCCCUAAGACCCCAAAAAUAUAUUCAAAGACUAGAGCUGGAGCUGAACUUGUCUCCACCCUCCAUAUAUAUAUAUAUACACCCAAACAUACAGUACAUCCCCACACAGAUGCAUACCCUUUCUCAGGACGCAUACAAGCCCUCUCCCCUCUCAACCACCCAUACAUCCACUCCCUGAGGAGAGAAUCAGGGGGUUGGAAAGCGACGUGAAAGGCUACAGGGUGUGUGGUCUGCUAGCCGAUUGGACAAGCGGUGUUUUCAUUGCCAAGGACACACACACACAGAGAAAAGAUCACAGCAAGAUCUGAAACUCCGACUUGAAAUUUCAUUUUGGACCGAUAAUAACCAAUGGUGUUUUUAAAGAUUCCUUCUUCUUCUGCUACUGCUGCUGCUGCUACUGCAAGUGUUACUUAUGCAUGAGUCUCUCUCAGCUCAUAACCCCCCCAACACCCUGCACAUAGAAAUAGAAGUAAAACAGAAGGCAUGAUUACUUUUUUCAGCAUCUCUUUGGGAUGGAAGGACAAUCAUUCUCGAGUGUUCAUGUUUUUGUUCUUGGAGUUAUCACCAGAUGUAUUAUUUUUCUGCUGGAAAAUAAGAUGUGUGGAUUUGUGACGGAGGUGUUUCGGGUCAGGGUUGGUUGGCUGAAGGUUUUUUUUUUUUUGCUUUGGAUGCUAGAACUAGAAAGAAUGGAGCGAUAGAAAAGUGAGAUCCAUUCUCUGAUUUUUCUCAGGGAGCAUGUGUCAAUUUUAAAAAGAAAGCCUAAAAGGAGGAAAGAAACCAAAUUCCACCCUUAUACCCCCGACCCAUUCGAGCCCACUUUGUCUAAAAUCUUUUCUUUUUAAUCUGUUCCAAUCAUUCCAUUUUAAUUCUUUAGUGCAAUGUGAAAAGACGUUGGGUGAAGAUGCCGUCGGGAAGUUUCAAUCCGACCCAGUCACAGAUGUUAACUGUGAUUUCAUUUUCGCUCCCUGAAUCUCCGACCUAACCAACCUUGCAUGAACUCUACCUGCAGGCGAAGCCUACCGAGCGGGAGCGAUCCAACAUACCUUUACAGAUUUUACACUUUAUUGUAAAAGUGAUCUUACGCUGUUAUUGUAUAUGGGUUGCAUUUGAAUGUGAGAGGAUUUUUUUUUUUUUACACCAAAGCAUAGAGGGACAGAUUUAUUGAGAGGAUUUUAAAGGGAUUUGAACGUUCAUAGAAUUAAAGGUGGUGUAUGUUUAAAAAAAAUGAAAGCAGCUUCUGGUUUUUAUUUUUUUUGCACAAACGGAUGCAGGUCACUGAACUCUGGGCAUGCAUCCCUGCUUUUCUUUUCUUUUAUCUUCCCACCUUCCACCCCAAAAAACAAAAAAACAAAAAAAAAACAAAGAAAAAAUAUAUAUAAAAUUCAUGAUAAUGGCUAUGAUGUACCAAUGAUGUGUUUGCAAUGCAUAUGUAUUGUGUAGACACUGGAAAAAAAAAAGAGUGACAAGGUUGAACUUUGUUGUUAUUACGAUGAAUAUUAAUAUUCUUUUGGCAUCAUUCCUACUGGUUGGUGUGUAUGAGUAGUGUGUGUGCGUGUGCGUGAGAACGAUGUGAAUAGUGUUUUAUAAUGAGUGUGUCAUAAGCGCUCCCUCAUCGGGCCUCACUUAUCCAGUGUUAAAACAUGCAUUGUGCACACAUGUAAUAUAAUAACACUGCAAAUUAGGUUGUUUUGGAAAAGACAUUUGGCAUGCAUGUAUCAUAACAAUGAACGCAUUUAACCAAAGCAUUUACCGUAACCAUUUCCCCCACACAUCUAUUAUUUAAUAUGAUAGAGAUACUGAUAAAUGAGGCCUAUUGUCCAUAAACACAUGCUUUUCGGUAACUCCAAAUCUAUUUAAUUGUUUUUAAACGCCACCACCCAAAACCCCAAGCUGUUCCCGCUGGCAGUGCCUUUUGUUUCAUGUGCCCCUGUGUCUCUAUGUAAGGUGUGUGUCAGCACACAGGUGCCUGAGUGCGUGUGUGGGUACUUUAACAUAUUUUGCACGUGUGCAAAUCUGUGUUUCUUGGGUGGUGGUGGUGAUGGUGGUUGCAAUUUUUCUUCCCCCCCUACCCAUAGCACAUUUGUCUUUCCAACAAACCAUGUGUGUGUGUGUGUCUGGGUGUGUGUGCCUGUGUGCGUGCGGUGCGUGUUAUUUAUUUCAUACAUCCAUAUGAUAUAAUGUCGAGGAUGUUGAGACUUGAUGCUUUUUUUUUUUUGCAAUUUAUUUUGUUUUAACUGAAGAUGUGUGUAUAAAUAAAUAUAGCAGUAGAACUGUACAGAAUAUCAAAAUGAAAUAAAAAAGGUCAUCCCUUUGUUGAAAUGUU